CUUCAAAAAAAAUUGAGAAACCAGCACAGCACUAAGUCUCAAACUAACUUUGGUUUAUACGGAAAAAAAGAAAAAGAAAAAAGACAUGGAGCUUGAACCGGCAGCGCAUGGACCGGUGAUAGCGGAGGUCGACAUGGGUGCCGACUCAUUCGCACCCACGGUGGUCCGAGCCACCGUGGUCCAGGCCUCAACUGUUUUCUACGACACCCCCGCCACACUAGAUAAGGCUGAAAGGUUGCUAGCUAAAGCUGCCGAGCAUGGAGCCCAUCUAGUUGUGUUUCCAGAAGCAUUUGUGGGUGGUUAUCCACGAGGUACAAAUUUCGGGAUUACAAUGGCGAGUCGAACAGCUAAGGGUAAAGAGGAUUUCCACAAGUAUCAUGCUUCAGCCAUUGAUGUACCUGGCCCUGAAGUUGACCGUUUAGCAGUAAUGGCUGGAAAGUAUAAGGUAUAUUUGGUAAUGGGUGUGAUAGAGAGAGAUGGAUAUACACUCUACUGUACUGUUCUGUUCUUUGAUUCUCAAGGUUGUUACCUGGGAAAGCAUCGGAAGCUUGUGCCAACAGCAAUGGAGCGUAGUAUUUGGGGAUUUGGAGAUGGAUCGACAACUCCGGUCUUUGAAACUCCAAUUGGAAAAUUAGGCGCUGUCAUUUGUUGGGAAAACAGAAUGCCUCUUCUAAGGACAGCCAUGUAUGCUAAAGGGGUUGAAAUAUAUUGUGCACCUACGGCUGAUCCCUCGAAAAUAUGGCAAGCAUCAAUGACCCACAUUGCUCUUGAAGGUGGAUGCUUUGUUUUAUCAGCCAACCAAUUCUGUCGAAGGAAAGAUUACCCACCUGCUCCAGAAUAUGUAUUUUCAGGCACAGAAGAGGACCUCACACCGGAUUCUAUUGUCUGUGCUGGAGGUAGUGUCAUUAUAUCACCAUCAGGGACUGUUCUAGCCGGACCAAAUUAUGAUGAGGAGGCUUUCAUCUCAGCAGAUCUAGAUCUUGGAGAAAUUGCGCGGGAGAAAUUUGGUUUUGAUGUGGUUGGACACUAUUCAAGGCCUGAAGUACUAAGUUUGAUUGUGAGGGACCAUCCAACACGGCCAGUUACUUUCACAUCAACAUCAGAGAAAACAGAUGGCCCUCGUUAAGUAAUUGUAAUUUUUGCCAGCCAACAAUUAUUACACUUCCACAAAAUGUAGGCUUUGUUAUCAAUAAUUGGAACACAUAGUUGUCAAAAUAUGAAUAUCUUUUUUUCUUUUUUUCUUUCGGUAUUAUGUAUCGUAUUGUAUUGUUGUAUCAUAGGAUACACAAAC